UCCCAGCAUCUAAUCUAAAGAUGCUUUUCACUGUUCCCUUAAUUAUUUCACGGCUAGCUCACGUUCAUCACCCCAACUUCCAUAUAUAUAUAUAUUCCCUUCUUUACGCUCGACUUUCUGCAUUAACAUAGAGAGAAAAAGAAAACUCUAGAUAUAUAGACUCUUUGUAAAAGACAUGAAUACAAUAUUGGAAUAUCCGCUCGAAGCUCUUGCUUUUAAUUACUUGAGCUUCGGUUUCUUUACUGUCGUCAACAAUGUUUGGGCAUGGGUCGCCGUUAUUACGGCUGCCGUUAGCUUUUGGAAGAUCAAAACUUCUUCAACUUUGCCCUCACCGGAGCCACGUGGCGACUUUUCCGGUGCCCCAUCUCCAUCUCCACCGCAAACGACGUCGGUACCAUCAUCUUCAACAGUUACUACUGAGAUGUACACUGGUGUUGUUAUGAACAAAGAAGAAGGAACAAAAGGGAAACUCACGGUUUAUUUUAAGCAAGAUGACGGCGAAGAAUGUGACGUCGAUGGAGACGACGGUGAUCAGAAAGGAGAAGACGGCGCCGUUGAAAUGUGGUUUGAGAAUUGGGAAAAUUUAUUGAAAAUGAGAAAUGGGGAAAUGGGGUGGUAUAGAUACCAGGACAUGAAGGUAAUUGACGGCAACGUAGUUCGGUUGUGGGACGGUUGUAGACGGCGGAGGAAGGCGGAAACCACCGCUUUCUCGGUUGGCGUAGUUAGUACUUGGUAGAUUUAUAGAAUCAAUCAAUGGUAGUAAGAGUAGUAGCUAGGAUUUUAUUAAAUAUGGAAUCCAUGGACGCAGAAGUCGAGCUAGUGUAUUUUGUGUUAAGAAAUUCAUUAAAUAUGUACAAAUAUUAAAUUUGGAACUCAAUUAUAAGUCGAGCUACAGGUUAAUAGUG